GUUGAUCUUAAAAAGGUAAAUGUGUUUAAGCAUGCAGAUGCUCAAAAAAUGAAAAAGCUUGAAAAAUUCGUCAAUGCCAAGAAGAGCAAGGGUACGAUGUAUUCAUUGCAUGAAUUUAAGGCCGAUGACUUCAGGAUAAUGACAAGCAUGGAAGAUUGGUGGCUGGCCAGUUAUGUUGAUGAAAUUAUGCUCUUAAUGCGUGUGAGGCAAAGCACUUUCACUGAGCACUAUGCUUCCACAGAUAUAAUCUUGGAUCUCAACUUCUACAAUAUCAUGCUCAAGCGAUACACAGAGUUGUCGGAUGAAAGCACACAGCCGGAAGCUAUUCCAUUCAAUCAAAUGCUUGAUGAUUUUAUAUGGGAUGAUGAUGUUAUCGCUUACUGUAGAGGUACUGUACCAGCCAAAGGUGGUCGCGAGUGGGUUGGUGCCAAAAGGGUGCUUACUAUCAUGAACAUAAAUGUUAGACAGUUUGUCACCCUCGAAUUCAUAAUUGAGGAGGGGGUGAUAAAUGUUUAUGACUGCAACGUCCCAAAAUUCCAAGAGGAUGAGUUCUUCAUCCACAUCCGACCCGAUCAUUGA